AUGUGGAAGCGCUUGGGGCUGCUCGUGGGGUUGGUCGCGGUGGCAACACUGAUGGCCACCGUUGCCGACGGCCGGCGUCUUGAGAAGGACGUAACCUUGGAUGGGAGCCUUGGUGGCGCUACUGGUGGAGUAGGAGCUAGUGAUGGUGCAGGUGGUGGAGCUGGCAGUGGCGCUGGUGGCGGCCCUGGAGGAGGAAAGGGAGUUGGUGGGGGUUCCAGUGGCGGAGCUGGGGGUGGUGCCGGUGGUGGCGCUGUCGGAGGAGGAAAGGGAGGUGGUGGAGGUGCUGGUCGUGGAUAUGGGGGUGGUGGCCCCGUCGGAGGAGGGUCGGGAAGCGACGAAGGUGCUAGUGGCGGAGCUGGGGGUGGUGGCCCCGUCGGCGGAGGGAAGGGAGGCGGUGGAGGUGCUGGGGGUGGUGGCCCCGUCGGAGGAGGGAAGGGAGGUGGUGGAGGUGCUGGCGGAGGAUAUGGGGGUGGUGGCCCCGUCGGCGGAGGGAAGGGAGGCGGUGUUGGUGGCGGAGUUGGGGGUGGUGGCCCCGUCGGCGGAGGGAAGGGAGGCGGUGUUGGUGGCGGAGUUGGGGGUGGUGGCCCCGUCGGAGGAGGGAAGGGAGGCGGGAGGUGCUGGUGGCGGAGUUGGGGUGGUGGCGCCGUCGGAGGAGGAAAGGAGGCGGUGGAGCUGCUGGUGGAGGAUCUGGGGGUGGUGGCGCCGUCGGCGGAGGGGAGGGAGGCGGUGGAGGUGCUGGUGGCGGAGUUGGGGGUGGUGGCCCCGUCGGAGGAGGAAGGGAGGCGGUGGAGGUUGCUGGUGGCGGAGUUGGGGGUGGUGGCCCCGUGUGCCGGAGCUGGGGGUGGUGGCCCCGUCGGAGGAGGUGCUGGUGGAGGAUUGGGGGUGGUGGCCCCGUCGGCGGAGGGGAGGGAGGCGGUGGAGGUGCUGGUGGAGGAUAUGGGGGUGGUGGCCCCGUCGACGGAGGGAAGGGAGGCGGUGGAGGUGCUGGUGGCGGAGUUGGGGGUGGUGGCGCCGUCAGAGGAGGAAAGGGAGGCGGUGUUGGUGGCGGAAUUGGGGGUGGUGGCCCCGUCGGCGGAGGGAAGGGAGGCGGUGGAGGUGCUGGUGGAGGAUAUGGGGGUGGUGGCCCCGUCGGCGGAGGCAAGGGAGGCGGUGGAGGCGCUGGUGGCGGAGUUGGGGGUGGUGGCGCCGUCGGAGGAGGAAAGGGAGGCGGUGUUGGUGGCGGAGUUGGGGGUGGUGGCCCAGUCGGAGGAGGGAAGGGAGGCGGUGGAGGUGCUGGUGGCGGAGUUGGGGGUGGCGGCCCCGUCGGAGGAGGGAAGGGAGGCGGUGGAGGUGCUGGUGGCGGAGUUGGGGGUGGUGGCGCCGCCGGAGGAAGUAAGGGAGGUGGUGGCCCUGGUGGUGGUGGGGGUGGCGGUGGUGGCAGUGGUGGAGGUAAAGGAGGAGGUGGAACUGGUGGAUCCGGUUGGGGUUACGGAGGUGGUAGUGGCGGCGGCGGAGGCGGAGGCGGUGGCGGAGGAGGCGGGGGUGGCGGUGGAGGUGGAGGAGGAGGCGGCGGCGGCCUCUAG